CAGGCUAAGCGGCCGACACUCGAGAGAAAUAUUGAUAUGGCAGGUUCACCGGGCGCUGUUAUCGCGAUAUUGUUAUGUAUAAUAUCUGCCGAAACAGUGUUAUCUAACAAAGCCCGUAAUGUUCUCGUAUUACUCGCGGAUGAUGGAGGAUUCGAACUCGGUGUGUAUCGAAAUAAGAUUUGCCAAACACCAAACAUAGAUGCACUAGCGCGACGCAGCCUCAUCUUUAAUAAUGCUUUUUCUUCCGUUAGCAGUUGCUCGCCCAGUCGAGCUGCACUUUUAACUGGUACGCCAAGUCAUCAAAAUGGCAUGUACGGGUUGCAUCAUGGAGUACAUCAUUUCAAUUCCUUCGAUAAUGUUACAAGUUUGCCAAAAAUAUUGGGGGAAAAUGGAAUCUACACAGGUAUAAUUGGUAAGAAGCAUGUUGGGCCCCAGAGUGUAUAUCAAUUUGACUUCGAGCAGACGGAAGAAAACAACCACAUCAAUCAAGUAGGCCGUAACAUUACACAUAUGAAACUGCUCGCAAGAAAAUUCCUCGAAGAAGCCAAUAAGCAAAACAAGCCCUUCUUCCUGUACGUUGGAUUCCACGAUCCGCAUCGCUGUGGACAUAGCGAGCCUCAGUGGGGACCUUUCUGCGAACGGUUCGGCUCGGGUGAGCCUGGCGCUGGACUGAUCCCAGACUGGAAGCCCUGGUACUACCAGUGGGAUGAGGUGCAGCUGCCGUACCAUGUUCAAGAUACUGAAGCUGCGCGAAGGGAUAUUGCAGCACAGUACACAACUAUGUCAAGACUUGAUCAAGGUGUUGCUCUUAUGCUCAAAGAAAUAGAAACAGCGGGACACAAGGACGACACGCUGGUCGUGUAUACAUCUGACAAUGGAAUUCCCUUCCCAUCCGGUCGAACAAAUUUCUAUGACGCCGGACUUCGAGAACCUCUAAUUAUUUCAUCACCUGAACCUAAUGCUAGGAAAAAUGAAGCGUCUGGUGCUAUGGUCAGCUUGCUGGACAUCAUGCCCACUGUGCUGGACUGGUUUGGAAUUAAAAGAAAACAAGAAAUGAGCAAUGACAUAUGGGGUGAUGACCAGCCAAAAAGCUUACUGCCGGUCUUAGAAAAGGAGCCGCCACAUUCAGAUAAAGAAGCAAUAUUUGCAUCACAAACACAUCACGAGAUUACAAUGUACUAUCCGAUGCGAGCCGUGCGCACGCGUCGUUACAAACUUAUACAUAAUCUGAACUACGGCAUGCCGUUCCCAAUAGAUCAAGAUUUAUAUGUCUCCCCUACUUUCCAGGAUAUCCUUAACCGUACCCGCAGUAAGCAGCAGCUGCCGUGGUACAAAACGCUCAAGCAGUAUUACUACCGAUCACAGUGGGAACUGUAUGAUUUGAAAAGUGAUCCCGAGGAGAUCAAUAAUUUACAUGGUAAACCGUCACUGGAGGAAGUCGAAUCAACUUUGCGCGAACGUCUUCACGAAUGGCAGCGUUCCACUCGCGACCCGUGGCUGUGCUCGCCCGACGCCGUGCUGGAGCGCGACGACAGCAGCGCCGUGUGCCGCUCGCUCGACAACGGCCUCUCGCACUACCAUCCGAGGUAGUCGGCACUGAUCUCU